AUGUGUGUUUAUUUAUACGAUUGUUCUGUGUUCAUCUAUGGUUUUCUUGUUCGUAUAACCCUGGUUGCUCAGUCGCAUGGUCCUUUGAGUGGGGGUGCACCUGCGCAGGUUGAGAUCGUCCGGUCUUUGCUCCUGGCACGCUCAGACCCGAACAAGGAGGAUCGCUAUCGCCAGACCUCCUUGAUCAGCGCUGUACAUGUAGGCUGCGUUGAGGUGGUGCGCUACCUCCUGGAAGCCGGGGCGGCAAAGGAUCGAGCCGAUCAACACGGUCACACGCCUCUGUUUAUCGCCGCUGGGAAAGGCUACCUGGAUGUCGUGAAUUGCCUGGUGGCUGCAGAGGCCGACCUGCAUCAAGCGGACCGGAUUGGCCAGUCGCCCCUCUUUAUCGCUGCUGAUGUGGGCCACCUGCAUGUGGUCAGACAUCUGCUCGAGGCCCGAUCCCAGCUGGAGCAACGCUCCGCCGACGGCACUCCGCCCCUCACGGCAGCGGCACGGAGGGGUCAGCUUUCCGUCGUCCGAUAUUUGCUGGAGAAGAGGGCGGAUGCCAACGCCACGGACAUGUCUGGCAAGACACCUCUGUUCUAUGCGGAUGACUGCGCUGUCGCCAAAAGUCUGCUGGAGGCGGGCAUCAACGGAAAGCUUUCCAGAGCGGCAAGGGCUGCUCCAUACCCAACCGCUGCAGUCCACCGCGUGGGGUAG